CACUCGCGCACCGAAAACGCGCGUACUGUCUCCGGCUGAUGGGGAGUUGUUACACGGAUUUAUUCAUGGGAAAUACACCAAAUGUGUCCGGACUGUUUGUUAAGUUCGCUUUAGUAGACACACAUUCUUCUCCUCCGAUGUUGGGUCUGUAAACAUCUGUUUUACUAUGGGUAAAUCCUGGAUUAACCGUCUUCUAGUGCUGUUGAUGUGGAAUUGCAUAGGUUCCCAGUAUGUUGAAGAUGCAUUGCCAUUUCAGUUUACUCAUUUCUUUUACAAUGCCAUGAUAUAUGAAAAUUCACCAGCAAAAACCUUUGUUGAAUCCCCCGCCAAGAUGGGUAUUUUUAUGACAAAUCAGUCUUGGGAUAUACGGUAUGAAAUAGAGAACCAUGAGGAUUUAUUUAAAGCAGAGAACUACGUUUUGGGCGAUUUCUGUUUCCUGCGUAUUAGGACCAAAGGAGGAAAUCUUGCCACACUUAACAGAGAACUCGAAGACCACUAUCUACUGACAAUAAGUGCCAUUGAAAGACAAACUGGUGCAGAAACACGAGCACAAGUAGAAGUGCGAGUCCUGGACACAAAUGAUCUCAGACCCCUUUUCUCACCCACUACGUAUAGUUUCUUUGUACACGAAAGUUCACCUAUUAGGACAAGUAUUGGCAAAGUCUUUGCCACAGAUGCUGACAUCGGCACGAAUGGAGAGUAUUAUUUCAGUCUCAAAGACCACACUGACAUGUUCUCCAUUCAUCCCACCAGCGGGGUGAUAAUUCUGACAGGCAAGUUGGAUUACUCUGAGGCGGCCCUUUACGAGAUGGAUGUGUUGGCUGUGGACAGAGGCCUGAAGCUCUAUGGCAGCAGCAGCAGCAGCAGCAGCAGCAGUACAGCGAAGCUAAAGGUUCACGUACUACACACCAAUGAACAUGCACCUGUUAUCACAGCUGUCCCCUUAACUCCACUGAACAGAAUCAAAGAUCAAACUUAUGCUUAUGUGACUGUGGAGGACUGUGAUGAAGGUCAAAAUGGUGAGAUUGCAUCUUUGAGCAUCGUUGCUGGAGAUCCUCUGCAGCAGUUCAAGACCUUCAGGAGAAGACCUGGGAGCAAACAAUAUGAGAUUAAGGCCAUCAAAGAAGUGGAAUGGGAGGGUUAUAGAUUUGGAUACAACCUGACCUUGCAGGCUAAGGAUAAAGGGAAUCCUCCUAAGUUUUCCUCAGCGGUAGUUGUUCGGUUGAGAUCUCCCAAUGAAAACUGGGAAAAUACUACAUUUGAGAAGAGCAUCUAUAGAGUAACAAUAAACAAGUUUUCUCCUCCUCACUCCACUGUUAUUUUGGUCAGAGUUGUGCCAAAAAAUCCUAAAAUUAAAUAUCUGAUACAGCAUAAAAUGCAAAAACAUGAAAAUCCAUUUGUUAUUAAUCCAAACACGGGCCUGAUUACCACCGCUGGGCUUUUGAAAGCAGAACGUGUCAGUCAGUAUGAGUUUGAGGUUGUCACGAGUGACAGGCGCGUAUCGACCAAAGUGGUCGUCAAUGUAAGUGACACGAACAGCUAUGCCCCCAAGUUUCACCAGUCUUAUUACAAAGCAAGCAUCGAUGAACAUGUGCCCAUAGGAACAAGCAUCUUAACAGUAAGUGCUAGCGAUGGAGAUGAUGGAGAAAAUGGUUAUGUUACCUACAGUAUUGCCAAUGUAAACAAACAACCGUUUAUGGUGGAUUAUUUCACCGGUGUCAUAAGCACCACUGAGAAUUUAGAUUACGAGACAAUGCCAAGUAAAUUCUCUCUAAGGGUUCGAGCUUCAGACUGGGGCUUCCCUUUUCGCCGUGAGGCAGAGGUUGUUGUCUCAAUCACUCUUACUAACCUGAAUGAUAAUAAGCCACAGUUUGAGAAUAUUGAUUGUAAUGUUACGGUGCCAAGAUCUCUUCGGGUCGGUGAGCAAAUAAUAGCCGUGUCUGCCAUUGACGCUGACGAUCUUGGUGUAGUUCAGUUCAGAAUUGAUGCUGGUAAUAACAUGAACCUUUUUGAAUUAGAUUUCAGCUCUGGUGUGCUGACACUUAAGAAGUCAUUGAAGCAUGGCGAUGCAGCAAAACGCUCUUUUCACAGCCUACAAAUAAGUGCCAGUGAUGGAGAAAGAUCAAGUACCCCUCUGUUCCUAAAUGUAACCGUUGUAAGUGCUUUCAAACAAAUUCGCUCUGAAUGUGUAGAGACUGGCGCACUGAGAUCUUUAGCAGGUUUGCUGAUUUUUAACUUCAAACUACACAGUCAGAGGGAAUCAGAUGAUGAGUUUGCGGACAUCCAUUCUGUUAACCGCAACACUCCACGGUUUAUAAAGUCCACUCCGAUUCUAAUAAAAGUUAAAGAGGACCUUCCUGUAGGGACUAGUAUUUUGCUUUUCAGAGCUGAAGAUUCCGACUCAGGCUUCAAUGGGAAAUUGCUUUUUGUGAUCUCAGGGGGAAAUUUUGAUAGCUGCUUCACAAUUGAACCUGACACCGGGUGGCUUAAAGUUUACGAACCACUUGAUAGAGAAACAACAGACCACUACAACCUUAACAUCACGGUUUAUGACCUCGGCUUACCGCAGAAGUCCUCAUCUCACAUGUUGAACAUUAACAUUUUGGAUGCCAAUGACAACAGCCCACAGUUUUUACAACAUGAGUAUUCAGCAACUAUAAGAGAAGAUACGGUUGUGGGAACAGACAUCAUUCAGGUGGAAGCAAAGGAUGAAGAUUUGGGGGUGAAUGGAAUGGUCGCAUACUCCUUUAUGACAAAAACAGACAAAUUUGUUAUAAAUAAAGAAACAGGGAUUGUUACAGUUACAAGUCCAUUAGACAGAGAAACCAACCCAUCAUUUGUUUUAAAGGUGGCUGCGUUUGAUCAUGCAAUUAAUGAAUCUAAAAUGCUAUCAACAGUGUUGUUGCAUGUUGAUUUGGAAGAUGUGAAUGACAACGCCCCUAGAUGUAUACCCCAACAAUACCAUGUAAGAUUGAGAGAAGAUAUUCCAGUGGGCACUUUAGUGAUCUGGCUAGAAGCUUAUGAUCCUGACCUUGGCUCAUCUGGACAGGUGAGAUACAGCCUAACUGAUGGUGAAAAUGAAAGCUUUCAGAUGGAUAAAGUGACUGGAGCCCUGUACCUCUCUCGGGCUCUUGAUUUUGAGACUAGGCAAGUAUAUAACCUGACAGCAAAGGUCAAAGACAGAGGCAAACCAAAUUCUUUAUCUUCAUCCUGCUUCAUUCAAGUGGAGGUUGUGGAUGUUAAUGAGAACUUGUAUCGCCCUUUCUUUCCAUUCUUUGUGGAUCGGGGUGCUGUAAGCGAAGAUGCCCCAGUUGGAUCGUCUAUAAUGAAAGUUACCGCUCAUGAUAAGGACAGUGGUAGAAAUGGAGAUGUGCGUUACUCCAUACGAGACGGUUCUGGCCUUGGGGUGUUCACAAUUGAUGAAGAGAGUGGCGUUAUAAGAACACAAGAGAUCCUGGACCGUGAGACUACUAGUUAUUACUGGCUCACAGUCUAUGCCACGGACCAGGGAAUUGUGCCGCUUUCCUCAUUUGUGGAAGUCUAUGUUGAGGUUCAAGAUGUCAAUGAUAAUGCUCCUCUGACAUCAGAACCCAUCUAUUACGCAUCUGUAUCUGAGAACUCUCCCAAAGAUCUGUCUGUUAUCCAGAUCCAAGCAUUUGACCCAGACUCUACAACAAGUGACAAUCUCUCAUUUCAAAUUACUAGUGGGAAUCCACUGGGAUUUUUUGCCAUCAACCCUCAGACAGGUUUGGUGACAACAACAUCAUGGAAACUGGACAGAGAAAAGCAGGCAGAGCACAUUCUUGAAAUCACUGUCUCAGAUGAUGGCCAUCCACCCAAGUCUACAGUGGUUCAUGUGAUAGUCAAAGUAUUGGAUGAAAAUGACAACAGUCCUCAGUUCUUAGAAAAGAUCUUUCAAAUCAAGCUAGUAGAGCGAGCAGAGGCCGCAGAAUGGGAGCCAAUUUAUCGAGUGAUUGCUUAUGACAGAGAUGAGAGUCCCUCUUCUGAUAUCACAUACACUAUAGAGGAGACUGAAGAGCACAGAAAAUUCUUCAUUCAGCCCAAAUCUGGGUCUGUGUUCUCCAAAGAGACAUUUUCAGCUGGGGAGGAUCAUAUUCUCACGAUUAAAGCAUCAGACAAUGGACAGCCUUCAAAAUCGUCCAUCUGUCGGUUGCACAUUGAAUGGAUUCCAAAGCCUGAGCUGGCAAAACAAGCACUGGUAUUUGAGGAGACUUCACUCUCAUUCUCUGUAAUGCAGAGUGAUCCUGUGGCCCAUAUGAUUGGAGUAAUUAGCACUCGACCUCUUGAAUCUCCUGUAUGGUUUACAAUCAAAGGAGACACGCAUGCUAAAGAGAUGUUUCACAUUCUGCAGAUGGCUUGUGACCUGAACGGUACAUCAGGUGGAAAUUCUGACAGCCGGUUCGACAUGGAGAGGUCAAGUGGCACAAUCAUCAUCGCCGGUGCUCUAGAUGCUAAACGCCAGUCAAAUUACCACCUCACUAUUGAAGCAACAGAUGGAACAAGAUCCAUCAGCACUCAGGUCAUAAUACAAGUUAUUAACACAAAUGAACAUCGACCUCAGUUUGGCCAAAACCGAUACGAGAUAAAUAUUCCGGAGGAAACCCAGCCUGGGAUGAAAAUAUUGGAAAUAAAUGCAACAGACGGAGAUGAAAAUAAUAAAUUGUAUUACACACUGUUGAGCAGCACAGACCUGAUUAGCCUAAAGAAGUUUCGUCUUGACCCUGAAACAGGCUUUUUGUACACUGCUGAACAGCUGGACCGUGAAACCAUGCACAAGCAUAUCCUCACUGUUAUGGUAAGCGAUCAAGGUUUCCCUGUGAAAAGCAAUUUUGUGAAAGUGAUCAUCAAUAUUGAGGACAAUAAUGACAAUCCACCGCAGUUCACGAGCCCUCAGUACACGGCUCGUGUGCUGGAGACCGCUGCGAUUGGUUCGUCUGUGUUACAGGUCACGGCUUUGGACAAAGACAAGGGGCUAAAUGCUGAAAUCCUCUACAGCUUAGAUUCAGGAAAUCAUGGAAACUCCUUCAGCAUCGAUCAGACUUCAGGCAUUGUUGCAGUGGCAGUUAAACUUGAUCAUGAAUACAGAGAUCAGUAUGUGCUACAAAUAAAAGCAUCGGAUAUCGGAGAACCUCCACUCAGUGCGGUUACAGUUGUCCAGAUCACGGUCACCAUCUCAGAUAACACCAGGCCAAAGUUUCCCUUCAAUGUAAUAUCAGCAGAAGUCAGUGAAUCUGUCCCAGUUGGCAGUUUUGUAACUUUGGUGUCAGCUUCCAGCCAAUCAACAAUCUUUUAUCAAAUUAAAGAAGGAAAUGUGAACGGUGCAUUUGUCAUGAAUCCAAACUAUGGCACUAUCGUCACAAGAGAAAAGCUGGACUAUGAAACCCUUUCGUCAUAUACCCUCAUCGUACAAGGUACAGACAUGGCUGGAAUGUCAAGCAGCGUCACAGUAAACAUUUUGUUAAAAGAUGAAAAUGACAACUCUCCUGUUUUUACUCAGUUUGAGUUUACUGGCUUCAUAAGCGAAUCUGCCACUGUUGGCAGUGUGGUUCUGACCUCUCAGAAUGCUCCACUUGUAGUUCUUGCAACAGAUGCCGAUAAGCAUAUAAAUGCCAGACUUGUCUAUGAGAUAAUUGAGCCAUUUGCUCACAACUAUUUUUCUAUCGAUUCUGAAACCGGAGCUAUUACAACUCUCAGCAGCCUGGAUUAUGAGCAAAGAAAGAUGUUUAACUUCAGAGUACAGGUCCAUGACACUGGCACACCACGAUUAUUUGCAAAGAACAAUGCCAACGUGACUAUUCAUGUUAUUAAUGUUAAUGACUGUGCUCCAAAAUUCAGUCAGGAGUUAUACGAAAUGACAAUUGUCCUUCCUACCUACAAAGGGGUUAAAGUUAUAACCUUAAGCGCUACCGAUGAGGACUCUUUGCUCUACACCAUACUACGUUUUGCUCUUGUAGAUGGCAACAUAGGAAACAAAUUCCUACUUGAUCCAAAUGCAGGUGAUAUUUUUGUGCAAAAUGCUACACAGCUGCGUAGCAGGUACAGGCUGACGGUUCAGGUCUCCGAUGGACUCUUUACUGGAUCUGCAAUUGUGAAACUCACCGUUAAAGCAGACAGAGAUAAACAACUGAGGUUCACUCAGGAAAUGUUCACUGCCUAUGUGCAGGAAAGCUCAACGCAAAGGAAAACCCUAGCAAUCCUCCCUGUAGUUGGAAGCAGAAUCAACGAGCCGUUGUUUUUUUCCAUCCUCAACCCUGACGUCAGAUUCGAAAUAGGAGGCACAUCCGGAGUCCUCUUUUCCACGGGUGUCCCGUUCGAUCGCGAGGAGCAGGAUUUGUUUGACAUUUUUGUGGAAGUAACCAAAGAGCAAAGGUUGAACGGAACUGCCCAAGUGCUUGUUAGGGUGCACGUUGAGGAUGUGAACGAUAACUCUCCUGUCUUUGUAGACCAGCCCUACAGCGCCAUUGUUCAGAUUGGCAAAGCAGUAGGUACAGUUUUUAAGAAGGUGACAGCCGUGGACAAAGAUAUUGGCAGAAAUGCACAAGUUUCAUACUAUUUGAAAGGACACAGUAAAUAUUUUCAAGUAAACUCCUCUGGACAAAUAUCCCUUAAAAGACCUCUUGAACUAGAAAGCAUUGGCAAGUUUGUUAUUAACAUCACUGCACAAGAUGGAGGUGAUCCACCACUGAUCUCAAAUGCAGAGGUCGUCAUUUCAGUGGUCAACAAAGCCGUUCCAAUGUUUGAAAGACCUUUUUAUAAGAUUGAAAUCCCAGAAAAUGUGCAAAUACAUACUUCUAUACUUCAGGUUGUGGCUAAUGAGACUGAAGGACCUUGUACAGUCUACAUCAUCUCUGGGGGAGACCCAUUUCAUCAGUUCUCUAUUAAUUUUAAUUCAGGACUUAUUGAAGUCAUUCAAGCAUUGGAUUAUGAGUCUCAUCCGGCGUACCGAUUAACCAUCCAAGCAACAGACUGUCUAACUGGAACUCACUCUGAUGUUUUUGUAGACGUUAUAUUGAAAGAUGUGAACGACAACACACCCAAAUUUGAAGCAGCAAUAUAUGACAUCAGCAUCUCUGAAUCUGUUGUGAUUGGAACUUCUGUGUUACGAGUGCUAGCGACGGACUCGGACACAGAAAGCAAUGCAUUAUUGUUUUAUCAGAUGUAUGAAAAAGAUGGAAGCAUCUCAGAUCAUUUUAGAAUAGAUGAAGAGAGUGGAGUGAUUCAGACUGCUGGGCCGUUGGACUACGAAACCCGAUCACAGCAUGAUUUGAUCGUAAAAGCUGUUGACAGCGGAGCAUUUCAGCUUUCUUCUGAGGUUCUGGUGGUGAUAUAUAUAACUGAUAUUAAUGACAACCCACCUGUAUUUACCCAAGAGCUUUAUAAUGCCACCAUACGAGAAAUUUCUUUUCCAGGUCAAUUUGUGACCUGUGUAAAAGCAUAUGAUGUUGACAGCCUUGCUAACGGCCAACUUAAAUACUCUAUUAUGUCUGGAAACGACGAUAAUGUCUUUGACAUUGAUGCGACGACUGGAGAAAUUGCGAUUGCAAGCAUUAGCCGACAAUCUGGUGAGUCCGUCUAUAGCUUAAUUGUGUCAGUGACUGAUGGUGUUUUCAGACAUAAUACUGAGGUUAAAAUCUAUGUAAUGGGUGAGAAUAACCACAACCCAUCAUUUACUCAAGAUGAGUAUCUUAUAGAGCUCACAGAAAACUCUCCAGUUGGUACAUUGGUAAUGCAAGUCGAAGCCUUUGACAAAGACCCAGGAAUAUAUGGUCAAUUGACAUUCUUCAUUGUAAAUGAUAUUGCCAGGGAUACAUUUACUGUCAAUGCCGAUGGGCAGAUUUACACAAAAGAGAGCUUAGACCGAGAAAUGCUGAAAGAGAAAAUGAUGUACAUCAGUUUGAUGGCUAAAGAUGGUGGUGGCAGAUUAGGCUUUUGCACAGUUGUUGUAAUUCUAUCUGACAUAAAUGACAGUUCACCAAAGUUCCUGCUUUCAGAAUAUAAAGUUACCGUGCCAGCAGAUGUUCAUAAAGGUACAACAGUCAUCACAGUAUCUGCAGUAGAUGAAGAUGAAGGUAGCAAUGCUUAUAUAAUUUAUAUUAUCGAUUCCGAUAUUGGGCCCUUUGAAAUUCACCCACUUACCGGUGCCAUUGUCACAAAGGAAAGUCUAAUUGGUCUGGAAAAUGGCCUGUAUUCUUUUUUCGUUAAAGCUAAAGAUUCUGGAGAUCCACCAAAGCAAUCUAUUACUCCUGUUUCAAUAAGAAUUAUUCCCCCUGAAACGUCAAGCCCAAAAUUUAUUGAACCAUUACGUUGGCUGGAACUUUCUGAAGACCUGCCUGUUGGAACUGAGAUUGAUAUCUUCCAAGCCAAGGAUGAGCCCACUGUGAUCUAUAGCCUUGUCGGGGGAAACACCCUAGAGAGUAACAAAGAUGACGUCUUCACCAUCGACAGCAACACUGGAAGGCUUAGACUCACAAAAAGACUUGAUUAUGAAGCUACCAAAUUGUAUCAACUCUCAGUGCAGUUGCAAAACUUUAAGGAAAGCAUGGAAACAGUCUCAUUGAUAAAUGUGAACAUCCAUCUUAAAGAUGUUAAUGAUAACAGACCACAGUUUGAGUCUAUUAAGUACCGGUCGUAUAUUGCCGAAAACCUACCAGAAGGGACAUCUGUCGUCCAGGUCAAGGCAACUGAUCUGGAUUCUUGGCUGAACGGAUGGGUCACAUAUAGACUGCAUGAAAACCAGGAGAGUCCUGAGGUUUUGGAGAUGUUUGCAGUGGACAGUGAGGCAGGCUGGAUAACUACACUUAAAGAGGUAGAUAGGGAAAAAAGAGAAAGAUACAGGAUCACAGUGGUGGCCACAGACAGAGCCCAUGAUCGGCAAAUUACAGGCACUACUGUGGUAGAAGUGACAGUUGUGGACAUAAAUGACAACCCUCCAUUAUUUACUGAAGCUGUAUUUGAAGGCACUGUGAGAGAAGAUCAAUCCAUACCAGACACAGUUGUCUCCAUUCUAAGCUCAGUUGACUCUGACAGUGAGGAGGUUAACAGGAGGUUCAGCUGCUUUAUCACAGGUGGAGACUCACAGGGCCUGUUUGAUCUGAAGUAUACAGAUGGUGUUUGGGCAGUUGUUGUCAAGAAAACCCUGGACAGGGAGGAGAGAGAUUUCUAUCUUUUAAACAUUACGGCCACUGAUGGUACCUUUGUGACAAAGGCUGCCGUCGAGAUCACUGUUCUCGAUGCAAAUGACAACAGUCCUGUUUUUGAGAAGAAUUUGUAUGUCGAAACUGUUUCUGAGGACGUGCCUGCCGGACAACAAAUUCUUCAAGUCUCUGCCACUGACGCAGAUAUUGAGUCAAAUGCAGACAUCACAUACCAGCUGAGCAGCAAUGGAGCUGAAUCAUUUACAAUUGAUUCUAAAACAGGUGCCAUCAGUACACUGGCAAACCUUGACAGAGAGAUGACAGAUGUGUACAACCUAACUGUGCAUGCAGUGGAUAGAGGCGGUCACUUCUGCCGAGCCGAUGUGGUCAUCAUGAUCAGUGAUGUUAAUGACAAUGCCCCCAAAUUCACAUCUGACCCACACCAUGUGAGCGUUUUUGAGAAUACACAACCUGGGACGUACGUGGCACGACUACAGGCCUUUGAUGGAGACGCUGGGAUAAAUGGAAAAAUCCGUUACUCGUUUGAAGACUCAGCCGGUGGUCUGUUUUAUAUUGAGGGGAGUUCAGGGAUUAUUAGUUUAGAAAGGACUCUGGACAGACAGAAGGCGGCCAAUCAUGUUUUGAGGGUACGAGCUACAGACCACGGUUCUCCCCAUAGGCUCUCCUCUCUCACGUCUGUGCUGGUGACCGUGCUAAAUGCUAAUGACCAUCCACCGGCGUUCGAACACAGGAACUAUAUUUCCACUGUUCCUGAGGAUGUUGCGAUAGGCACUAAGCUUCUAAAUGUAUUUGCUGCAAGCAGGGAUGGAGAAUUGAUAUCCAAGACCAAUGUGAUAUCCUACUAUAUCACCAGCGGCAACGAGAAUGGAGCUUUCAGCAUUAACUCACAGACAGGUGACAUCUUUGUGAUGGGGCCGCUGGAUUAUGAGGUUUCUCCACAGCACUACCUGACAGUGAUGGCUAUCUCCAGAGGAAAACAAUCUCUCAGUGAUAUGGCUACUGUUACUGUUCAUCUUCUCGAUGUCAAUGACAACAGCCCUGAGUUCAGCCAGAACAUCUAUUCGAGUACAGUCAGUGAGGACACCGGGCCAGGCAGCACUGUGUUGAUGGUACUAGCCAAUGAUUUUGAUGGACCUUCAAACAACCGAAUCCGCUAUUCCAUUAAAGACAACAACGAGAUGUGUCCAUUCGUCAUAGAUGCAGACAGCGGUGAACUAAGAGUCACCCAGCAGUUGGACAGAGAAAAGAUAGCGAGUUACAUGUUGACUGUGCUGGCCUCCGACAAUGGAAAUCCCAUCAAAUCCUGCAGUGCUACUAUCAAGAUAGUCGUGUCUGAUGCGAAUGAUAAUCCUCCUGUCUUUUCUCAGAAUAACUACAGUAUCAUCAUACAGGAGAAUCUACCCACAGGGGCCACUGUACUAUUACUCAAUGUGACAGACAAUGAUUCUCCCCACAAUGGGCCUCCUUUCUCAUUUUGUAUUGUGAAGGGUGACCAGACGAGCCCUUUCAGUAUUGACCAGCAGGGUGUGAUUAAGACAAGUGGACAACUAAGAAAGGGUCACCAUGUAUUACAAGUGCAGGUGUCUGACAAUGGAAGUCCCCCACUGAAAUCAGUGGCAGCUGUCAACAUGCUUGUAGUUCAGGCGAGUGUGUAUCCACCAUCUGUGACUCCUCUGGAUGUUUUCAUCAUGGUCCAGGAAGACGAGUACUCAGAGGGCAUUCUGGGAAGGGUCCAUGCCACAGAUAAAGAUAAAUAUGACACUCUCACGUUCAGUCUGGAGCCGCAGUCAAGCAGCUUGUUCACUGUGGGAGCCACCGACGGUAGAUUGUUGGCCCGUAGAGGCCUGGAUGUGGGUCAUUACCAACUCAAUGUUUCAGUCAGCGAUGGCCGUUUCUCGUCUUUGGCCAGAGUCACAGUGCGUGUGCGGCAGGUCACCCCGCAGAUGCUGGACAGCUCUGUGUCUGUGCGCUUUGCUGGCGUCACUGCUGAAGUUUUCAUCCAAGACCACUGGAAGAGCUUUCAAAGGGCGGUCCAUAGCCUCGCAGGAGUCCACAGGGGAGAUGUUCAGUUAAUCAGUCUUCAGCCUGCACAAACCAGCGGCGGCUUGGAUGUUCUUUUGUUUUUCGAGAAAUUGAGAAGGUCGGGUACCAGCUCACUUGAAGCCCUCGUUCAGAAGCUCAACUCUUCCAGAGAAGCUAUAAGAAAGAUGACAGGAGUGUGUGUGCUGAGGGUCCUGAGAUUGAAUUUUCCUGAUGGCAAAUGUAGGCGUGUGGUUUUGCUUGAUCAGACCAGCAUGGCUACAUACAGCACUGCCACAGUGAGCUAUGUCAUACCCAGACACAACAUCACAGCUGAAUGUCUGUGCACAGAUAAAAAGUGCUUUAAGCAUAAAACAAGCUGUUUAAAUAAACCAUGUCCUGGGGGCAAUGAGUGUGUAUCUGGUGUUGGAGAAGAUGAGCACAGCUGCAUAUGCACAGGUGAUGCCGAAGGCAAAUGCUCAGGAGGAUCUUCAAUGACAUUUACUGAAAACAGCUACAUUAAUUAUCAAAUAAGAGAAAGCAGGAGAGAACUGAAGCUCACGCUAAAAUUAAAAACUCUCUCAAGAGAAGGAACAGUGAUGUUUACCAGAGGAAGAAGCCACAGCAUUUUACAGAUAGUGGGAGGUAGACUGCAGUUCCAAUUUGACUGCGGCUUGGGUCUCGUUACAGUUUCUGUGCACAGUAUCCCAGUGAAUGACGGACAGUGGCAUGUAGCAGAACUUGAGGUAAAGCGCAACUAUGCCAGACUGGUUCUGGAUAAGCUCCAUUCUGCAUCAGGUAUCGCUCCCGGCCCCCUGCACUGCCUCAGCCUGGGUAACCAGGUUGUUCUGGGAGGAUACGCUCAUCUUCUCAGUGCCAGACUCGGGCUUGGUUUGCCUGACUCAAAUGGCCUACAGGGCUGCAUGGACUCUGUGGUGUUCAAUGGACAGAGACUGGCUUUGAACUCCAGUGGUCCAUCUGGGGUUUCCAUUGAAAACAUGGUGGGGGUGUCUCCAGGUUGUGUCUUCUCAUCUUCUGACUGCUCCAGUAACCCUUGCCUCAAUGGAGGGAGCUGCAUAAAGAGGCAGAACGGAGGAUAUUUCUGUAAAUGUAGCAUAUUAUUUUCUGGGACUCAAUGUGAGGUUAAUAUCAGCCCUUGUGACUCCAACCCCUGCCUGUAUGGAGGAACCUGCAUUCAAAAUAACCUGGACUACUACUGUAAAUGCAGGCGCCAGUAUUCAGGUCAAAGGUGCCAUAUUGCACCAUACUGCAAAGAAAACCCUUGCCAGAAUGGUGGUCUGUGUAUAGACAGUCUUGAUGGACCAAUCUGUGAGUGUAAGCAGGGUUUCAAAGGAGAAAGGUGUGUGAUCGAUGUCGACGAAUGUGUGGACAUGCCUUGCUUCAACAAUGGCCGAUGUAUCAACAUCCAUGGAUCUUUUAACUGCUCCUGCCCGGCAGGCUUCGCUGGAAGACUUUGUGAGACAGACAUUGAGGUGAAGAACUUCAUCACAUCUACGUCCUGGAACUCUCGGCUCGGAGAAUUACUCGGAACGCUGGCGUUCCUUACUGCGAUUUUUGCUUUAAUACUGCUUCUCCUAGUAGUGUGGAAAGGAGCUUGCAACCCUGCCAAAAGACUUCAAUCUCCUGACAAGUACAAAGCUGUUGAUUCUUACAUUCAGAGGUCCGAUGAUAACAACCAAACUCGAAAAAGAUCCUGUGUGGACAUCCCACCACAGGUCCCGGUGCGACCCGUCUCCUACACACCCAGUGUUCCUGGAGAGUGCAGAAACAACCAAAAUUCAACUUUUGACUUUAGCAGUUAUAUGCCAGAUCCACUCAUUGAUCUGAAGAAAACUCUAGCUGUGAGCAGUGUAGCUCCUAACAUACCACGUAUUAAAGCUUUCCAUCAUAACUCACAAAAUUACUCCAUACAUCAGGCAAAAGAGGAUGAUGUGAAGGAUGACAUUAUUUCCUGUUUGCAUGAUAGUAGAGAGAUGCGGUCUGUGUCUUCCCUUGAAUCAGACAUCACAAAUGACAACGGUUCCAGAUUGAUGCACCCUGUCAGAAAAUAGAUUAAAAUGGUGAGAAGAUGAACAUGUGAACAUGAGGCUAUCACUGGGACACCUCAGAUUGGAUGCAGAAAGUGUGUAAGGCAAGGCUGUGUUCGGUUUGAAUUUGUGCAGAUGUCCUCCUCCAUCCACACCACUCCAGGCAUUCUUGACAAAGACUAUUUUACUGGAGGUGAU